AUGAACAAACUAAAUCUUUUGCCGCGUGCGACUCGUUCGGCAAAGAAGGAAAAAUUAGUGAAGAAAAAUGCCUCAAAGAAAGAAACAGGCGUCUCGACUGAACCGCCGCACACCGUCGACUGCGGGUCGAAUACUGAGCUCAGCAUGGCGAAGCUUAAAGAGGUCGUUGACGGAGACCAGCCGAAUGAGGUGGUGAAAAUGCUGAAGAGUGCAGUUCCAUCUGAACGCUACUUCGAACUGAUCGCUGAGGAGAGACGCAAGGCUUUAGACGAAGCACUGCAAGAAAAUCUGCAGUUAUCGCAGGAAAUCGCCAGACUACGUGAGGAAAAUUCCCAGUUGAAGGUACUGGCCGAGGAAGGACUUAAGUAUGCCGAGAUCCUUCGUCAGGUUGUUGGCGACGAGGAACCAGCGAAUUAG